AUUACUAAGGCGACGGGAGAGACGCCUCCCGGCAGGAGCGAACUUGCUGCCGCUUCGGCCUCGAGGUCGUGACCCCUCGCGGCUUCCUUAUCUCGCCCACUCCUCCGGUACCAGUUCCUGGGCGGCUGUCCUGUCGUCCAUCCUAAGUCCGCCGGCAGGGCGGACGUCAGAGCUGUCAAGUGCCCACGGGGGCGACGAAGAUGGCGGCGGCGGCGGCGGUUGGGGGGACCCCCUUCCCAGCAGCCGGGAAGCUGUAACAUGAACUCUUCUGCGCCAGCCGCGCCCCAGCUCCUGGGACUCCGACCCCGCACGGCCGCGGGCCCCGAAUAACGGGCGCUCGCCUGGGCAGAGCUGGUGUCGCCGCGCUGCUGGCGGCGUCACCCGCUCAGAGCCAUGAUGUCAUUGAAGGGGAUAUACUUUAUGGUUUCACUCUUUUUGGGAAGCUUUUUUGGAAGUAUUUUCAUGUUGGGUCCUUUUAUACCUUUGAUGUUUAUAACACCAUCCUGGUAUCGCUGGAUCAACAAUCGCCUUGUAGCAACCUGGCUCACACUUCCAGUGGCUUUGCUGGAGACCAUAUUUCGUGUAAAAGUGAUUAUAACAGGCGAUGCCUUUGUUCCUGGGGAAAGAACUGUUAUUAUUAUGAACCACCGGACAAGAAUGGAUUGGAUGUUUCUGUGGAAUUGCCUGCUGCGAUAUAGCUACCUCAGACUAGAGAAAAUCUGCCUCAAAUCCAGUCUCAAAAGUGUUCCUGGAUUUGGACCCUUCCUCUCCAACAUUUGCUUGACAGCAGUGGCAGGUUGGGCAAUGCAAGCUGCUGCCUAUAUCUUCAUUCAUAGGAGGUGGAAGGAUGAUAAGAGUCACUUUGAAAACAUGUUGAAUUAUUUCUGUGAUAUUCAGGAACCACUUCAACUCCUCAUAUUCCCAGAAGGGACUGACCUCACAGAAAAUAGCAAGGCUAAAAGCAAUGAGUUUGCUGAAAAGAAUGGACUUGAGAAAUACGAAUAUGUCUUACAUCCAAGAACCACAGGCUUUACUUUUGUAGUGGAAUGCCUAAAAGAAGGUAAUAACCUUGAUGCCAUCCAUGACAUCACUGUGGCAUACCCUCAUAACAUUCCUCAGACAGAGAAACACCUCUUAAAUGGAAACUUCCCCAAGGAGAUCCACUUUCACAUCAGUAGAUAUCCAUUGGAAACCCUUCCAGACUCCAAGGAGGAACUUCAGGUCUGGUGCCACAAACGAUGGCAAGAGAAAGAAGAGCGGCUCCGGCUGUUCUAUGAGGGGUCGAAGAGUUUUGAGUUCACAGGGAAGAGUGUGAUUCCACCUUGCAAAUCAGAGUUCAGGGUACUGCUGAUCAAAUGGAUGUCUAUCCUCUACUGGACCUUGUUCACCUCUGCUAUGUUUAUUCUCAUAUGCUUAUACAGCAUUGUGCGGUGGUAUUUUUUUAUCACAAUUGUCUUUUUUGUGCUACAAGAGAAAAUAUUUGGUGGACUCGAAGUCAUUGAGCUUGCAUGUUACCGGUUCUUAUGGAAACGACCAAGUGUAGAUGACAAGAAAAAAUGACUGAGAAUGUAGGAUUCACAGGCCAGAAACUUGAGGGAUUUUUUAAAAAAAUGUUCUACAUAUAGCCUUUGUAAACUGAGAUUUUUUUGCAUGAAAAUUUCAAAUCUUUCUUACUACCAUCAUUCUUUGUUAAAGACAUUUUGCACUUGAUUUUGUGAAAAGGAAAAAAAAACCAGAUGUUGCUCUAUAUAAAAAUUGUUUUUAAUCUCAGAAUGUAAUUUUAAUAUUGUUUUAUCAAGGAGAUGCAGUGGUGAAAUAAUUCUUGCUGGAUUAUUAAACAAUCAUUAGGCUGUUAAUAGGCAAGGUACUUAAUGGAUUUUUAAACUCCAUUUCUGUCAUCCAGCCAAACUGUGUAGCCAAAGGAGAUAGAUCUGUGACUUGUAACCCCUAGCACAAAUCAAAUCUCUUCACUGAAGAGUGAAGGCAGGUUACCUCACUUAUUCAUGUGAGUUGUCUUUUUCUUACCUUUUCCUCUACAUUGCUUUGACCAUCCUUUCCCCAAAAGCCAUGCUUAUUCCAGAUUUCUCUGGGCGCCUUGCUGAAACUUCCUGCCCCCCUUAGAUUAGUCAAAAGAUUUGACAACUACUCAACACAAAGAAUGUGGUAAUUUAUAAGAGGCUAAUAUUUUUGGUGACCUACAGUGUGAAAAACCAUGUGUGCCCUUUUGCCCAUGGAGGGAACCGGGUCUGCGAGAAAACAGAGUCUUUACCAACUUCUAAACCUCAAUUUGAAUUUUGUAAUUAGAAAUUUUGCUUCAUUUUGUUGUUAUUAGUAUAUGAUCAGUGCCAGUUUUCCUUCAGUAUAUUGGUAAUUGGUACCUUUUUGCCCCUAAGAGUGGCCUGUAUGAAAAAAAAACCAUGUACUGUUACCUUUUUCUUCCCUCCCCUCAAAAAAAAUAAAAGCAGAGUACAAUCUGAAAGUAACAAACUAUGGAUUCAAGUGUUUCUGAAAGCCUACAGAAAAGGGAAGGCUGUGUUCCUCUCUUUGAGUAAAAAUUUUAGUUUAGCUCUUAAAAAAAAAGCCUCAACAAAGGCAGUUAUUAAUAAUAGCCAAAAUUACAUGACAAAAGAAUUUCCCAUCAUAUCCCUGACAAUUCAAACUACGUUUUUGACUAGUGCCACGGAACUCAUUAGCAACACUGUUCCAUAUCUUGGUUUCUUUUUGUCUCAGGCCACCUCUUUCAAUAGCAGCAUUUAGCCUUGCCCUUGACCAGUUUAUUCAGCUAAAUAAAUGUUGCCACUAGUGGAAAGUCCAAGGAACCAGCAACAUAAACUUUCAGUCUCUUUAUGAGGCAAGAAAAACUCUGUAGCUUCUUCCUCUUAGCAUCUGGCUCAUCUUCCAUAAUAUCGAGAUGGUGGACACAGGAAUGAAAAUAUGAAGCAAUUAAAGUCAUUGGCUGUUAGCAAAUCCUAUGGCUUUGUUGCAUCCUUUAGCAGCUCCCACAGUCAUUCACUGCAUUGUGUAUUUUGUUCACUGGAGUUUGUCCUAGUCCUACAGAAAAGGGAAGGCUAUGUUUCCUCUCUAAACAUAAAAAUCUGAGUUUAGCCCUUUCAAAAAAAAAAGUCUUAAAAGUAGUUAUGGGUAAUAGCCAAAAUUAGAAACAAAAGAAUUUCCCAUCAAAUCCCUGACAGUUCAGACUACACUUAGUUAAAACUUUUUGUGCUGGACAGUGGCUUCUACUCCAAGUUUUAACUUUGUUCUGAAAUUAAAGGGGGUAAGCACAUAGUAAGUAUAGCUUCCUGAGCAAAUUCUUGCAGAAGUACCCGUCCAACUAGAAAGAACAUUGAUGGAAAAUCAUUUUUGUUAGAAAGCAGCAACAGAAAAAUCCACUCAACUAUAUCAGCUGUGCCUCUUGUAGAAAAACUGGUCUAUAUUGAACUAUCUCCCCCCCAUGACAGCUGCUUUUAAUUCCCUGCACAUAGCUACUAAUUAGUUAUUACAUGAAUGUGCUGAAAGCCAUCUGCUUAACUUCAUGGGUUUUUUUCCUUUGUUUUGUUUUUAGUUUAUUUUCGGGUUGGAGGGAAGUUAACCUUUUUCCAUUAUAAAAGUGGUUUCUAAUUUAGGGUUGUCUCAGACUUCCUUUGGCUAUGUUUAGAAACUCAGAGUUUGACAAGUGGGAUUGCUCUGUUGUAGGUGCAAAGGAAAAGGCUAUACUUUCUGUCCUGAAGGUGUUUAUAACAUAGUCUUUGUAAGCUAAAAUCAUAGCUACUGUCCAAAGAUAUGUAGCUCUCUGUCUGAAGAACAUUUUCCAUCUAAUCUGAUGCACUUUCAAUUCUGAACCUUGCAAAGAAAAACAAUUUUUUCCCACGGAAGAUAUUUUUAAGAUAAACUAUAAGUCUUUAAAAAAAAAAACUAACAAAAGCUAGAGUUCAGAAUCAGAAGUUACUGACAUCCACACCAGGGAGAAAUCAUUUUUACAAGGCAUUGGGGCGGGGUUGGUGGAGAGAAAAUGAAAUAAACAGUUUUUGCCUGGAGAAAACAGCAUUCCAGUUCCCCUUUUGAACUAGAGAAAAGAAUUUUUUUCUCUACAUUUUUCAUCUUUUAAAAAAGUUUUCAUUUUAAAUCUAUUUUUUGAAAAUGUUAAAGUAAUUAAUACUUGUUUGUAAUAUCCAUUGCUUUUGGAGUGACUCAGAAAAAUUAAUGUGAAAAUGACAAAGAUGCAUCCUUAUGCAUACAUAUCUCUUGAGUCUUUCCAUCUUCCACAGUCCCCCACCUUGGUGCUCUAGAAACAGAGCAGCUUCUCUCCGGGCUGCAUUACAGUUCAGAGGUCAUAUUCUCUUAAUCUGUAAAAGGUACAGUUGACAGCCUCAGAGAUUAUUAUAAUUUAGUUGUCCAAAUGUUCAACUUUAAAAUUGCCAUUCUGUGAAAAUUUAAAUAAAUAAAAGUCAGCGUGUUUUAUCCAGGGCAUUCAUGGACCAUGAUUUCCUCCAAGACCCUCAAGAAAAGUUACUAAUUAAGUAAGACUUCUUUUUCCAGACCUGAGUGGAUUAUCAGCAAAAACAGAAGACAGAAUACCUCGUUAAUUUGAAUAUUCAUUAAAAGUACAUGGUAAAGGAUGAGCGUUUGUGAAUUGUAAGGGGGAGAGGGAUGUAUAAGAAAGACCUCCUUUUAAAGGCUUCAUAUCAAAUUUCAUAUGUUACUUUGUUAGUAAAAUUUAGAAUGCAAAAAUAGUACUCCACCUAGAAUGCCUUACAGUUAGGUCAAUUAGAAAUUGGAGUCGUUCUAAAAUAAUGGAUCAGAAGUCUUAGUGUGAAGGGGGUGUCCUGUGAGCUGAUUGUUCAUCAAAAGUAUAUUGGAGAUAUGACCUCCUGCUGUCUUUGCACAGUCUCUAAGCUCUGGUCCCAACAGCCAUGCCCUUGUGCACUUUACAGCAAGUUCCACUGGGGGAACUUGUUGGUGGAUUGUUUACAUUUCUUUGUAUAAAUGACAUGCUUUUAGUGCCUUGGUUAAAGAUCUGGUUUAGUUUCAGAUAUUUCUGUACUGCGUCCCUUAGACAGAGGUUUCUUUUUAUUAACUCAUGGAAAAAACAACAACAACAGCAAAGCUGUUGAGGCUUGUGGUCUCUAAACACUUGUAACUGUUGUUGGUAAACAUCACUUUGUGACAACGUUUGGGUGACAGCUUAAAUCCACAGCAUUCAUUAACUUGUAUCUGGGAUCAGUGAUGCAGGCUGCAUAAGCAAAUUUGCCAAUGACUGUGUGGCCUUUACUUUAAAUUUUGUUUUCAGAAAGAAUUCUUGUUUUGGACUGCUUGAUCUUGUGAGAGGAUUGUAUGAAAAAUAUCCAGAUAAGAAUACUCACAGAAUGGCCUUAGUUUUCAUCAUCCAUGAAAUAUGUUAAGAUGUUUGUGAGUCAUAUAUCAGUCAUGUUUCAUACAUCCCAAAAUAAAAUAGAAUACUUCAACAGUG